UGGGCACCUCCCGGACGCAGCUGGGCUGGACUGGUCGCCGGCGAGGGCGACGGCGGGGGGAGUGAGGACUGCGGCGGCGGUGGCCGCGGGCUGUCCCCGUCCCUGGAGCGAGGGGCGGGCGGUGGACGCAAGUGGGCGAGUCUCUGGCUUUUCCCGUGGCAUGUUCCUGCAGUAAGUUUGCUUCAGCAAACCUUCUGAUGACUGACCUUCCUAUAAGGAUUAUACUCAACAUCUUGCUUAGAAAAUGGGUCCUACAGGACGCCUUGUUACCAUCAAAAGAAGUGGGGUGGACGGCCCCCACUUUCCACUGAGCCUCAGCACCUGCUUGUUUGGAAGGGGUAUCGAAUGUGACAUUCGGAUCCAGCUCCCUGUUGUGUCAAAACAGCAUUGCAAAAUUGAGAUCAGUGGGCAGGAGGCAGUAUUGUUUAAUUUCAGCUCCACCAAUCCGACACAAGUGAACGGAUCCGUUAUCACGGAGCCUGUACGGCUAACGCAUGGAGAUGUGAUCACUGUUGUCGAUCGUUCCUUCAGGUAUGAAAAUGAAAGUCAUCAGAAUAGAAGCGAGUCAGCGGAAUUCACGGGACAAAAACGCAAACAGGAAUCUCUGCAUCGGGUCUCAAGAUCUGGCUUCACUUCCGACCCUGAUGGGAAAGUUCAAGAAUCCAAUGCCCGUUCAAAACUCUGUGAAGAAAAUGUCUCAGGAAGUCCUCUGGGACACGUGAGGAAUGGCAAAGCAGCCGGCACAGUCUCGGGUGGCCCCGAAGAUCACGCUGCUAGAAAAACAAUUAAUGCUGUUUGUUCCUCAGAACUUCCUAGAGAGAACUACAGAAAUGCAGUGGAUCCUACAGCCGGGGAUUUUAAGGAAGGUUCCAGCGUACCCUUAGUGAGUUGUCACGGAGAACUGAAGUCUUUCCCCUCUACAUGGCAUCCUGAGAACAGUGAAAACCAUGAGUCUCCCUUUAGGAAGCUUUACGAGUCCAUGAAAGAAGAGUUUGAUGUGAAAUCAGAAAAAGGAAAUGUUCUGCAGAGCGGUAAAAAAUCAGGGUCACCGAGUCAUCGUGCAUCAGAGAACGAAUGUUCUGGUGGGUUACAAGACGGGACGCAAGUCCUGGUCUCAGUGAAAUCCAGGCCCAGGUCGGGUCGAUUCGCCCCAGUGAAGGCCGACCCUGCUUUGGGAGAACAAGGAGCUAGCCACACUGAGGGCAGGAGAAAGGAUGAGGAGGCUCUUCAGACUCCCAAGGAGACCAUGGGUCCCAGCGUCCCUCCUAAGGAGAUGACAGGAACCAGGACCAUGGUCCAACAUUCCCCACACAAUGCCCCACGGAAACGUCGGAGCGAAGACAUGGGUGUUCCCAGCGGAAGUGAGUCCGUGAAUCUGGAUCAAAGGGAAGGCUUCGGGACAGAUAACAAAACAUUUCCUCCCCGGAAGUUCUUAACCAGGAAUCAGACACCCACUAGAGUCGAAAAUGAUGAUAAUUUUGGAGCUGCACCAGAAAAAUGCUUCUCCAAAAAGCGGGGGAGUGUUCCUACCAGUGUGGACAUUCUUACCACAGAACUGGAAACUCAGAAUCACGCUGUUUUAGCUCCAUUGUCCGUUCAAGUUGAAAGGAAGAUUCAAAGCAUUUCCGUGCACCAGCCUGAGAAAGUGGGCACCACAACCGGGCACUCGAGCUCUGGGUUCCCUGGUCGUAGUUCAGUUGAUAGCAACAACUUUGGUGACUCCAUUAAUAAGAUUGAGGGAACACCCCUAAAAAGGAGGCGGGUCUCCUUUGGUGGCUGUCUGAAGCCGGAGUUAUUUGAUGAGAACUUACCUCCUAAUACACCUCUUAAGAGAGGAGAAACACCGAGAAGUUCUCUCACCAGCCACACUCCACCUGUCCUGAAGAAAAUCAUCAAGGAAUACCCUCAACCAUCAAGAAAAGAAGAUUCUUCGGAAAUCUGUUUGGAAGUGACUGCACAAGACCAGUGUAAAGGAUCUCCAGCUCAGAAUCCGACGCAAACUUCUCCAGUUGCAAAUGACGCCCGCCGUAGGUCAUGCAAGGUGUCCUCGGUCUCCAGUGGCAGCAAAUCUCAUCAUACAGACAUUCCCAAGAGGGGAGGGAGGAAGAGCGGUACCUUGCCUUCAAAGAGAACUUCCAUCGAUCGAAGCCAACAUGAGAUCUUGCAGAGGAUUUUUUCCAAAAGAAGGAGUGGUGCUUCUGAAGCCAAUUUAAUCGUGGCAAAAUCGUGGGCAGAUGUCGUAAAACUCGGAGCCAAACAAACACAAGCUAGAGUGGUUAAACAUGGCCCCCAAAGGCAGCUGAGCAAAAGGCAGAGGAGAAUGAAUACUCCAAAGAAGGCUGUUAGCGAUGUUCACAAUCAAUUUAGCACAGGCCAUGCCAAUUCUCCUUGUACCAUAAUAAUAGGGAAAGCUCACAUUGAGAAAGUAAACGUGCCCGCUCGGCCCUACAGAAUGCUCAACAGCUUUGUAUUCAACAAAAAAAUGGACUUUAAUGAAGAUCUUUCAGGGUUAACUGAAAUGUUCAAGACUCCGGCGAAAGUGAAGCCACAGAUAAUGAGCCCAUGUCCCAACGCUUUUUCAAAUUCAGAGGAUUUCCUUGGAAAAAAGUUUCAAGUACCUAAUUCAGGAGAAAAACCUCUGCUGUGCACUUCAGAAACUUUUGGAGAGAAUGUAUUCCCCAUGACUCAGAAUGCUCCACGAGAGCCAUCCGAUCAAAGGAUGCCUGCCAGCCCUGCCCUCAGACGACCGGCUAUUAGAGUAAACACAAACAUCGAAAAAACUCGAGGAUCGGAAGCAGAGCCUCUGAAGGCGGCAUUAAGUGCAAACAGGUUCCGAAGGUCCUCAGAGCUCAGAAAUACACAGAUGCCAGGUCCAGGGCACAGGGACAAAGAAGCAAACACAGACCCUGCUGAGAACACUUCAGGGCGACAUCUGAGGAAAACUCCACAGCGAGGACAGAAACCUGAGGGAGCGACGGAGGAACAGGAGAGCUGUUUUGAAGCAUGUGAGAAAGCUAUCAAAUCAGAAGACAGUUCUGAAAACACGGUAGCUGUGAGGAGAUCGAGAAGAUAUUCAGAGCAAAAAUGGGAACCAAUAGCAGACCUGACCACCCUCAAGAGACAGCAGGACACAGAACCCAAGGAAGACCUAGGAGGCAUCCAAGGUCUCCCCCAGGCCCCCACUCAAGCCCAGGAAACAAUGGAUGUGGGAAACAAAACUGCAGAAAAGUGCCAGAAAUCUUUAAAGCCAGAACUAGUUGGCAUGCCAACCAGGAUGAACAUACAACUCAAGACCUCUCCCCAGAAAGUGGACCUAGAUGAAGAGCCCUCAACUCUCAGGAAGUCCAUCCGAAAGUCGGGGGGAAGCAUCCCUUCACACGGAGAACCAGGAGAUGGUGACGAAGACAUCACAUUGUUGAACAGAACUCCAAAGCAGACACUGGACUCUGCAGAAAAUGUAACUGGAAGCAAGAGGCGGUCAAGAACGCCCAAGAGAAAUGCCCAGUCCUUAGAAGACCUGGCUGGCCUCAGAGAGCCCUUCCAAACACCAAACCACACAGAUAAACCAAGGACUGAUGGCAAAACCACCAAAGUACCCUGCAAAUCUCCAUUAGUGGAACCAGUCAACACACCAACAAGUAGAAAGAGGCAGCUUGAGACCCCUCUCCAGAAAGUGGACAUAGAGGAAGAGCCCUCAGCUCUCAGGAAGCCCACACAAACACCAAGGAAAACCAUGCUCUCAUACAGAGAACCAGGCGAUGGUGAUGAAGACAUCAAAUUGUUCAAGGAAACUCCAAAGCAGACACUGGACUCUGCAGAAAAUGUAACUGGAAGCAAGAGGCGGUCAAGAACACCGAAGAAAAAUGUCCCGUCCUUAGAAGACCUGGCUGGCCUCAGAGAGCUCUUCCAAACACCAAACCACACAGAUAAACCGAUGGCUGAGGACAAAACCACCAAAGUCCCCUGCAAAUCUCCACUAGCGGAACCAGUCUACACACCAACAAGUAAAAGGAGGCAGCUCAAGACCCCUCUCCAGAAAGUGGACCUAGAGAAGGAUCUCAGGAAGCCCACCCAAACUCCAGGGGAAAGCACAUACUCACACAGAGAACCAGGAGGUGGUGAUGAAGAUACCAGAUUGUUCAAAGAAACCCCAAAGCAGAAACUGAACCCUGCAGAAAAUGUAACUGGAAGCAAGAGGCAGUCAAGAACGCCCAAGAGAAAUGCCCAGUCCUUAGAAGACCUGGCUGGCCUCAGAGAGCUCUUCCAAACACCAAAUCACACAGAUAAACCAAGGACUGACAGCAAAACCACCAAAGUCCCCUGCAAAUCUCCACUAGCAGAACCAGUCAACACACCAACCAGUUGGAGGCGUCAACUCAAGACCUCUCCCCAGAAAGUGGACAUAGAAGAAGAGCCAUCAGUUCUCAGGAAGUCCACCCGAACCCCAGGGGAAAGCACGCAAUCACACGGAGAACCAGGAAAUGGUGAUGAAGACAUCAAAUUGUUCAAGGAAGCUCCAAAGCAGACACUGGACUCUGCAGAAAAUGUAACUGGAAGCAAGAGGCGGUCAAGAACGCCCAAGAGAAAUGUCCAGUCCUUAGAAGACCUGACUGGCCUCAGAGAGCUCUUCCAAUCCCCAGAGCACACCCAGGACCCAGUGACUGAUGACAAAACCACCAAAGUCCCCUGGAAAUCACCACUAGCAGAUCCAGUCAACACACCAACAAGGAAAAGGAGGCAGCUCAAGAUCCCUCGCCAGAAAGUGGACCUAGAGGAAGAGCCCUCCUCUCUCAGGAAGCCCACCCAAAUGGAGGGGGAAAGCGUGCCUUUAUACAGAGAACCAGGAGGCAGUGAUGAAGACAUCAGAUUGUUUGACAGAACUCCAAAGUGGACACUGGACUCUGCAGAAAAUAGAACUGGAAGCAAGAGGCGGUCAAGAACACCUAAGAAAAAUGUCCCGUCCUUAGAAGACCUGGCUGGCCUCAGAGAGCUCUUCCAAACACCAAACCACACAGAUAAACCGAUGGCUGAGGACAAAACCACCAAAGUCCCCUGCAAAUCUCCACUAGCGGAACCAGUCUACACACCAACAAGUAAAAGGAGGCAGCUCAAGACCCCUCUCCAGAAAGUGGACCUAGAGAAGGAUCUCAGGAAGCCCACCCAAACUCCAGGGGAAAGCACAUACUCACACAGAGAACCAGGAGGUGGUGAUGAAGAUACCAGAUUGUUCAAAGAAACCCCAAAGCAGAAACUGAACCCUGCAGAAAAUGUAACUGGAAGCAAGAGGCAGUCAAGAACGCCCAAGAGAAAUGCCCAGUCCUUAGAAGACCUGGCUGGCCUCAGAGAGCUCUUCCAAACACCAAAUCACACAGAUAAACCAAGGACUGACAGCAAAACCACCAAAGUCCCCUGCAAAUCUCCACUAGCAGAACCAGUCAACACACCAACCAGUUGGAGGCAUCAACUCAAGACCUCUCCCCAGAAAGUGGACAUAGAGGAAGAGCCAUCAGUUCUCAGGAAGUCCACCCGAACCCCAGGGGAAAGCACGCAUUCACACGGAGAACCAGGAAAUGGUGAUGAAGACAUCAAAUUGUUCAAGGAAGCUCCAAAGCAGACACUGGACUCUGCAGAAAAUGUAACUGGAAGCAAGAGGCGGUCAAGAACGCCCAAGAGAAAUGCCCAGUCCUUAGAAGACCUGACUGGCCUCAGAGAGCUCUUCCAAACACCAAACCACACAGAUAAACCAAGGACUGACAGCAAAACCACUAAAGUACCCCGCAAAUCUCCACUAGCAGAACCGGUCAACACACCAACCAGUUGGAGGCGUCAACUCAAGACCUCUCCCCAGAAAGUGGACAUAGAGGAAGAGCCAUCAACUCUCAGGAGGUCCACCCGAACCCCAGGGGAAAGCACGCAAUCACACGGAGAGCAAGGAAAUGGUGAUGAAGACAUCAAAUUGUUCAAGGAAGCUCCAAAGCAGACACUGGACUCUGCAGAAAAUAUAACUGGAAGCAAGAGGCAGUCAAGAACGCCCAAGAGAAUUGCCCAGUCCUUAGAAGACCUGGCUGGCCUCAGAGAGCUCUUCCAAUCCCCAGAGCACACCCAGGACCCAGUGACUGAUGACAAAACCACCAAAGUCCCCUGGAAAUCACCACUAGCAGAUCCAGUCAACACACCAACAAGUAAAAGGAGGCAGCUCAAAACCCCUCUCCAGAAAGUGGACCUAGAGAAGGAUCUCAGGAAGCCCACCCAAACUCCAGGGGAAAGCACACACUCACACAGAGAACCAGCAGGCGGUGAUGAAGACACCAGAUUGUUCCACAGAACUCCAAAGCAGACACUGGACUCUGCAGAAAAUGUAACUGGAAGCAAGAGGCGGUCAAGAACACCCAAGAGAAAUGCCCAGUCCUUAGAAGACCUGGCUGGCCUCAGAGAGCUCUUCCAAACACCAAACCACACAGAUAAACCAAGGACAGACGGCAUAACCACCAAAGUCCCCUGCCAAUCUCCACUAGCGGAACCGGUCAACACACCAACAAGUAGAAAGAGGCAGCUCGAGACCCCUCUCCAGAAAGUGGACAUAGAGGAAGAGCCCUUAGCUCUAGGGAAGCCCACCGGAACACCAAAGAAAACCGUGCUCUCGUACACAGAACCAGGUGGUGGUGAUGAAGACAUCAAAUUGUCUAAGGAAACUCCAGAGAAGAAGCUAGACUGUGUAGAAAAUCUAACCGGAAGCAAGAAGUGGAAAAGAAGAGGGAAAGAAAAGGCCCAGUUCCUAGAAGACAUGGUCGGUUUUAAAGAGCUCUUCCAAACCCCAGAGCACACCAAGGAACCAGCAGCUAUUGUCAAAACCGCAAUAAUGCCUGGCAGAUCUCCACUAGCAGAAACAGUCACCACACCAACCCACAUGAAGAGACGUCUGAAGAUACCUCUGGGGAAGGUAGAUGUAGCGAAGGAGCUCUCACCUCUCACAGAGCCCAUCCAAAUGCCAGGGGAAGCCACACACACACACAGAGAACCAGGAGGUGCUGAUGCAGCCAUCAGAUUGUUCAAGGAAACCCCAAAGCAGAAACUGGAUUCUGCAGAAAAUGUAACUGGAAGCAAGAGGCGGUCGAGAGCACCCAAGAAAAUGGUCCGUUCCCUAGAAGAUCUGGUUGGUCUCAAAGAGCUGUUCCAAACCCCAGAGCAUACCCCAGACCCAGUGACUGAUGACAAAACCACAACAGUCCCCUGCAAAUCUCCAGCAGCAGAUCCAGUCAACAAGCCAACAAGUAGAAGGAGGCGACUCAAGACCUCUCCCCAGCAAGCGGACGUAAAGGAAGAGGCCUCCGCUCUCAGGAAGUCCACCCGAACACGGGGAGGAAACGCACACUCCCACAGAGAAUCAGGAGGUGCUGAUGAAAAUAUCAAACUGUUGAAUAAAACUGCAAAGCAGACACUGGACUCUGCGGAAAAUGUAACUGGAAGCAAGAAGCAGUCAAGAAUACCCAAGAAAAAUGUCCAGUCCUUAGAAGACCUGGCUGGCCUCAGAGAGCUCUUCCAAACCCCAGAGCACACCCAGGACCCUAUGGCUGAUGACAAAACCACAACAGUCCCCUGCAAAUCUCCACUAGCAGAUGCAGUCAACAAGCCAACAAGUAGAAGGAGGCGACUCAAGACCUCUCCCCAGCAAGCGGACGUAAAGGAAGAGCCCUCUGCUCUCGGGAAGUCCACCCGAACGUGUGGGGGAAACGCACACUCACACAGAGAACCAGGAGGUGCUGAUGACGAUGUCAAAUUGUUGAAAAAAACUGCAAAGCAGACACUGAGCCCUGCGGAGAAUGUAAUGCUCAGGAAAAGCCGGCUAAGAGCACCUAAGGAAACGGCCCAGCCCCUGGAAGACCUGGCCAGUUUCAAAGAGUCGUCCCCAGUGCGGGACCACAGCAAGGAACCGGGAAAGGCCGAGGGUAGCCCUAAGGAUGCUCCGGAGCAAACUCCAGGCAGGAGGAAACCCGCGACCGUUUUGCAAAGAGGCCUCAGGGCCCGUAGAGUAAGAGCCGUGGCAGACCUGCAGGCCCACAGAGAGCCCAUCGAAUCUGGGAGUGAAGGCGGCGUUUCCCUGCCCUCCAAGAGGAAAGGAGGAACGGAAGAAGGUUCGGCAGGAGCCAAGAGGCUGCGAUCCGUGACCCCUGCGCAGGGCGCUGCCGAGGGGAAGCCAGCACCGAAGAGGAGGAGGAGGGCUCCCACAGAGGGGUGUGACCCGCCCGAGCCCCCGACAGCGAAGAAGAGGCUGCGGGUCGUGGCAGAAAGGAUGGAACUCCUGCGAGACCGGCCAAGGAGCAGCAGGGAGAUUAAAACGAGGGCAAGAGAAGCAGGAAGGACGACCCCUGCACAUCAGGGAAUGUCCCUGCGCUCUAGACAUCCAAAUAAAACUGAAGCAGAAGAGGAAAGACCCGAGCCUGUUAUAACAGCAGCAGAAAAGCCGAAAACGAAGAGAAGUGACAAGAAGCCCCUGAAGAUGUCCCAAGAGACAACGUUACAAAGCCCAGAAGACCAAGCCAAGAAUUCGACAUCUGGGGGCAAAGCCCAUGAAAGCAGAAUGUGUCUGAGGUCUGCCAGACUGGGUCAGAUGCCCUCGCCUGACAUAGCCAAGGAGAAGCAAAGGGAGAAAAGAGUGGGUGUCUCUGGGAAGAAGCAGGAGGAAGAAGUCAGGCAACCUUCAGACCCCAUGUGUUUGAGAUCCAGAAAAAUUACAGUCCCUACUGGAGGAAAUGCUUCAGAGAGCGAACCCCAACAGAGGGUAACUCGGAGCGCCAAGAGAUGUGCUGAAAAUAUAAAAAAGGAUAAUGACAAUGGGGGCAUCAAGAAAUUAAGAACCAGAAGUCAUCGGGACAAUGAAGAUAUUUAGCUACGAAGUUGAAAAGGGGAAAAAGAAAAAAAAAAAGUAACAAGUUCAGUUUAAUGAUAUAUUCUAGUACAAUAUUUGGGUAAAUAUAAAAGGGAAUUUUGUAAAGAA